AUGUCGCUGGAUACUACAUCAUUCUACAAUGUCAUCAAUAACGUCUUAACCUCGACCGCCCAAACCAGGCACGGCAUCAACCCGGCCACUCUCCAACCAAACCCCGAAGUACCGAUCACAACAUCCAAGGAGCUCGAUCAAGCGGUUAGUGCCGCCAAAGCAGCGUUUAAAAAAUGGUCAUCAACAACAUUUGCCGAGCGCCGCGCUGCCAUCAAUCGCUACGCGGACAGCCUCGAGGCGAAUACGACCAGCCUAGCGCAGCUUCUCACCAGGGAGCAGGGCAAGCCGCUGAGCCAGGCGACGCAGGAGCUGGAGCUGGCUGUCUACUGGGCCCGGACCCUGGCUACCCUUACUGUCCCCGAGACUGUACUCGAGGCCAGUGAAACUCGCCAGAUUAUCCAUCGUUACACGCCUCUUGGUGUGGUGGGGGCGAUUGUUCCCUGGAACUAUCCUGUGGUGCUUGCAAUCGGCAAGAUUAUAAGCGCGGUAUAUACAGGCAACACUGUUAUUAUGAAGCCUUCUCCCUAUACUCCAUACUGCGACCUGAAGCUUGCUGAGUUGGCCAUUGACCAUUUCCCGCCGGGCGUUAUCCAGGCACUUAGUGGGGAUGACGAGCUGGGACCGAUGAUGACGGAACAUGCUGGAUUUGAUAAAAUCAGCUUUACGGGAUCAACAGUAACUGGCCGACGCGUCAUGGCUAGCUGUUCAAAGACACUCAAGCGCAUUACCCUCGAGCUUGGCGGGAAUGAUGCGGCUAUUAUAUGUGAUGACGUUGACAUCGAGGCGGUAGUUCCAAAGGUUGCAACCCUGUGUUUUCUGUGCUCGGGCCAGAAUUGCAUGAUGAUCAAACGCCUCUACAUCCACGAGGCGAUAUACGAUCGUUUCCGGGAGAGAUUCGUCGAGUUCGUCAAAGGAUUUCAGAUGGGCGACGGAACCCAGCCAGAUGUCUUUAUCGGACCGGUGCAGAACAGGAUGCAAUUCGAAAAGGCCCAGAGCCUCCUAGCGACAAUCGACAGCGACCACCUGUCCGCGGUGCUAGGGGGUAGUGGUAGUACGGACCCCACCACGCAAUCAUCAGGGGAGGGGGGCUACUUUGUUCAGCCAACCAUCCUCGACAAUCCACCAGAGACGUCGCGAAUCGUGCAAGAGGAGCCAUUUGCGCCCAUCCUGCCUAUCCUCAGGUGGUCGGAUGAAGCCGAUGUGAUCGCACGGGCGAAUGCUUCGGAGAUGGGACUGGGCGCCUCGGUCUGGAGCAAGGAUUUGCAUAGAGCGCGCCGCAUCGCGGACCAGCUCGAGGCCGGGAAUAUAUGGGUGAACACGCACUUUGAGGUGGAGCCCUUUGCACCAUUUGGGGGGCACAAGGCCAGUGGGAUUGGCACUGAAUGGGGCGUGCAGGGGUUGACCCAAUUCUGCAACUCUCAGACCGUGGUUAUCAAGGGAACCCCUUGA